AUGGCGUUUUCCCUCUUGUCUGUUAGUGAACCUGGACCUGUAGCUAAGCUUAUCUCUGCGCAAGACACGGGUUCUGGUUCUGGUUCUGGCUCUGGCUCUGGCUCUGGCUUUGGCUUUCAAGAAGAGAAGAGAAGAGAAGAAAAGAAAAGAGGCAUUGUUUGGUGA